AUGCCUAGGAGACCAAUCGUGGAUGCCAUAGAAUUCCUCAAAGGAAGAGUCUAUUUGGGUGCGUACGACCGUACCCCAAAGGACACCGAGGAACUGGUGUACUUCACCGUAGAGGACUCGCUGCCAUACAACCCUUUCCACUUGGACUUCGGCCCGCUGCACAUUGGCCAUCUUUACCGGUUUGCUGUUACCUUGCACGAGGUAUUGAAUGAUCCUGCCAACAAGGGCAAAGCUGUUGUUUUCUAUUCGUCAACCGGAGCCAAAGAGCGUUCUAACGCAGCGUGUUUACUAUGUUGCUACAUGGUGGUUGUCCAGAGUUGGUCACCUCACCAGGUUCUGCAUCCGAUUGCUCAGCACGAACCGCCUUUCAUGCCAUUCCGUGAUGCCGGCUAUUCGCACGCGGAUUUCGAGUUGACAAUCCAGGACGUUGUGUAUGGUGUUUGGAGGGCCAAGGAGAGAGGAAUGAUCGAUCUCAACGAGUUCAAGCUUGAGGAGUACGAGAGAUACGAGAGAGUAGACCAGGGUGAUUUCAACGUGAUUUCGAAAGAUUUCAUUGCUUUUGCAUCGCCAAAGCAGCCCAAGCCAGGUGCUCCUUUAAACGAGCCAUUCAGGUCUGUCCUCAGCUACUUUGGGAACAACGAUGUCCAGUUAGUCGUGAGACUCAACUCGCAUCUGUACGAUGCCGCCGAGUUUGUCAAAAGAGGAAUUCAGCACGUGGACAUGAUCUUUGAGGAUGGAACGUGUCCCACAAUGGACUAUGUCAAGAAGUUUGUCGGAGCUGCCGAAACAGUCAUCUCCAAUGGUGGGAAGAUAGCAGUACACUGCAAGGCUGGACUUGGGAGAACCGGGUGUCUGAUUGGCGCCCAUCUGAUCUACACCCAUGGAUUCACCGCCAACGAAUGUAUCGCCUACAUGAGGAUGAUCAGACCGGGGAUGGUGGUUGGUCCUCAACAGCACUGGCUUUACCUGCACCAGCACGAGUUCAGAGACUGGAGACACACCAUGGUGAUCGACAAUAUUCCAGAUGAUUCCAUUGGUGGGCUAUACCCUCUGGUUCCAUAUGAUGAGUACCGUGCCCGCAAGAAGAAGCUGUUUGAUCACGAAAACGACUCGCUAUUGGUGACUCCUGUGCGCAGAAGAAAGAUCUCCGGCCAAAUCAAGGCCGCUGCAAGCAAGGCGGUUCCAAUGGAAAGCCCCGGACAACCACGCAAGUUCUCACCAGAGAGAAACUACGUCUCUGGUGGAGAAGAAGAGUACACCAUGGAGUCGGUCAAGGAAAAUAUCGAAGACCCAAAACGAUUACUUGGAUCUCCCAGAAGAGUGGUUUCGUCGGCCCAGGACCCAGCCGAUAACACCCAGUGGAAAGUUCUCAGGUCUGUGACCGGCCCGAACAGCCCCGGAAACAUCCAGGUCACCAAGACCAAGACCACAACCACCACGAUGACAACCACGGUAUCGUCGCCGCCCCCAUCAUACGAAGGAAACACAUUGUCCAUGCCAAAGACCAGAAAACGGGUUGUCAGUGCCACUGGCAAGCUGGUGGGAAAUCCCGGGAUCAGAAAAAUUUCGCAAUCCGCCAAAAGGGUCCAGUAA